GUGAAGAAACUAAGAAGGAGGUAGGUACAGCUCGAAAGAAUAUUACCAAAGCCCACACCUUUCUAAAGGGUGCGACUUUCUUCAGUCUGUAGAGUGUAGAGCACACUAAAAUUUCAAUAGUAGAGAAAUGAAGACCGUAACUGUCGUACUUCUGAUAUUCGCAACGGGGUCUUUUGCCCAGUUCAAAUGCCCUGACAGAACCGGAUUCUUCCCCGACCCCGUCCAAUGCGACCUCUACUACGUCUGUUCCAAAGGUGAAUACGAGGAAAAACUGUGCCCUGAUGGCCUAGUCUUCGACGCAAGAGACCCCAAUCACGAAAGAUGCGAUAUACCAGCGAAUGUAGACUGUGAUGAGCGAACCGAAUUGCAGGAGCCUCAUCCCAGCCCCGGGUGCCCCCGCGCCAACGGUUACUACCGGCACUCCGACCCCCUCGCUUGUGACAAAUUUUUCAAUUGUGUAAAUGGGGUCCCCCAUGAGCUCCCCUGUCCCCCAGGACUAAUUUACGACGAUACUGCUAGUACUUGUGCUUGGCCUGAUGACAGUCACCGAAAAGACUGUACAAAUGCGACACGGGAUAAAUUGGACGAUGGUUUCACUUGUCCUCAUGAAGAGAUUUUGGGGCCUGGCGGUCGCAAAUUGCCCCAUCCUACUUUUGCCCAUCCUGAGGAUUGUGGCAAGUUUUAUAUUUGUAGAAAUGGAGUGCAGCCCCAAAAAGGACAUUGCACCAAAGGGUUGGUUUAUAAUGAAGAGACCUUCACCUGUGAUGAUCCGAAAAAUGUACCAGGAUGUGAGGAUUAUUAUGAGAAAGCUGAGAAAUCAAAGACUAAGAAAGCAUAAACACUAGUUAAGAAAAAAUCUACAUUUUUGUAUUGUUUGUACUUGUAGAACACUAUUUUUAAGUAAACGGAGGUGACUGAUGAAAAUAUACAGUUCCAAAAUUGA